GGCCACACUUGUCGUCGAUAGCAAUUAAAACAGACGUCCCACCAGGCCAAAUAGCCAUCAGCUAUAAAUUUGCAACGCCCCAGGAAAAUGCAUUGCAGCAAAACAAGCAAUUAAAUCGGAGAAGGCCUCCGUAACCCCCAGUAUACCCUUCGUAGCACCCGUAACCGUAGAAGGGAUACCAAGACCUGGGACCAGGGACCAAGGACCAAGCACCAACGACCAGGUCCUGCUGCUGUGCUAUAAACCUAUUUUGAAUAAUUAAAAUUCCGUAAGUGCUGCAGUCGAAGAAGUUGGCCAGAGGCACAAGAAUAAGUAGCAACAAAAAGGAAAGCUAGCAGAGGGCCCCGAACGGAGUCUUGUCCAUUCUUGCAACACAAUCUGCGGCCGUGCAAAAUCGUGUGCAGCAAUGAAAUAAUUAAUUCAAUGCACCUGACAAAUCCUUGUGGCAGCAACAAGAGAAGCGGCAGCAGCAACAAAGGAGCCACCAUUCCAAAUACUUUCCAUUCCAACAAAAGCAGCAACAAAAUGGCGAGGAUAACGCGAACAAUUAGCCAACAAAGACACCAUAUCCACGAGAGGAGCCUGCCCCACACACUGCUCCUGGCCAUUGCAGCCAUCGCUUUGUUGCAACUGCAGCACUUCGAAAGCGUGUGUGCCCAGAGCAUGAUGACAAAGAACGAGCCCAUGUUUAUAUCACGUUCGGAGACCUUCAAAUUCAUCACCGGCGAGACAAUAGUGCUGCCCUGCGAGGUGGCCAAUACGGACACCUAUGUUGUGGCCUGGAAGCGGGGCAUUGCCAUAUUAACUGCUGGUUCCGUGAAAGUGACGCCCGAUCCACGCGUGCGCCUGGUCAAUGGCUUCAAUCUGCAGAUACGCGAGGCCCUGCCAACGGAUGCCGGCGAUUAUAUUUGCCAAAUUGCCACGAUGGAUCCACGGGAAAUCACACACACUGUCGAGAUAUUGGUGCCACCGAGGAUUCAUCACAUUAGCACCGGCGGACAUUUGCAAGUCAAGAAGGGCUCCUCAGUGCGCAUCGAGUGCUCGGCCACUGGUAAUCCAAUGCCAAAUGUGACCUGGAGCCGCAAAAAUAAUAUUUUGCCCAAUGGCGAGGAGAAGCUCCACUCGCACGUCCUCUCCAUCGAGAACGUGGACCGGCACAAGGGCGGCGUCUACAUAUGCACGGCGAACAAUCGCGUCGGCCAGCCCGCCUCCAGCCAGGUGGUGCUCCAUGUUCUAUAUUCGCCAGAAAUCGCAGUGGAGCGUCCCGUUGUCUUCUCGGGUGAAGGGCACGAGGCCAUGCUGGUCUGCAUCGUCCAUGGCGAAACACAGCCUGAGGUAAUUUGGUUCAAAGACACCAUGCAACUGGAUACCACGGAGCGGCACAUCAUGGAGACGCGCGGUUCGCGGCACACGUUGAUUAUACGCAAAGUGCAUCCGCAGGACUUUGGCAACUACUCCUGUGUGGCCGAGAACCAGCUUGGAAAGGCACGCAAGACCCUGCAGUUGAGCGGAAAACCGAAUGUAGCCGUUUUUAAUUCACCGCCAAUCAGUCAGUACAAGGACAGAUACAACAUCUCCUGGGCAGUGGACUCGCAUUCACCCAUCGAGGAGUACAAGUUGUCCUUCCGCAAGCUGCCACAAGGACAUGAGGUCGUUGGCAAUGCCAUUGACUCGCAAUCCUCUUCGUCGUCGUUGUCGUCAUCGCAGUCCUCGUCCUCCUCCUCGUCGCAGAUGUACGGCUCCGGUCUCCACUCGCAUCACAUUGGCAGCAACAUCGGAUUAGGAGGAGGCAGCCUCUCUGGCGGAGUCGGCAUGGGCAGCUAUGGCGGCUACGGCAAUCUGAUGCACUGGGGACGCAACGACUGGCGCAAUGUGGUCCUGCCAGCCAUGCCCCUCUCGCAUCACUACUCGCAGGGCAUGAGCUACAUGGUACGCGGCCUGGAUCCCGAUCAGCACUACGAGGCCACCGUGCAGUCCAGGAAUCGUUACGGCUGGAGCGAUUUGACCAACAGUUUUGUCUUCUCCACAUCAUCGAAUGAUGGACCUGUCGAUCUGUCCACCUUUUUGAAUCACGGUCUGUCAGAUAACGAGAUGCGCGAUCUGAGUGUCACAUUCUAUGGGAGCAGUGCCAUCAAUAGGCAAAAACUUGGACUCCUGGCAUUAAGCUCGGCCACGCUGAUCCUCAGCCUUAUAAUGGCCUAAAUUUGAUUAUAAUUUGCUUACGAUUUAAGUUACGGAUCUCACCGCCAAUAGCAGUAAAACGUAUCGUUUGGGAUUUUGUUUUUGCGAGAAGCAACAGAAGGAUGCACUCUAGUCGUAAAUGGUAGCCUAAGGAAAGAUAUAUAUAUAUAUAUAUACAUACAGAGAUGUAAACGUAAUUAUAGACAUUCCUGCUACGAUUUCUCAUUCUUCGAUUCUCAAGAUUCUCAAGCAAACAAAACCAAAACAAAAAGGAAAACCAAUUUCAAAUUUAAAUCAUGACUAACCAAAACGGAAUAAGGAACCAUACAUUCUACGUGUAACAAUCAAUGUAAAAGAGCAUAGAACUGUUCAAACUAGGAACCAUUUUUGCAUACGGCAACUAACGAAUACACCCAUAUGAAUACAUCCAUACUUCCACUCACUCACAUUCGCAUUUGCAGACCAUUCGAGCACUCAGAAAUCCAAGUGUAAAUAGAUUUUAUCCUACAUACUUUUAGGAUUAAGCUGCACCAAAGAAAUUAAUAUAAAAUAAAAUACAUAUGAAUGUAUGUGUACGUGCAUAUGUAAUUGAUCGAUCGGACAGUUGUCCAUAUAAUACAUACAUCCAGAGUAUAUAUAUAAAUAUAUUUAAGCUUCAGUGUGUGCUUGUGCAUCUGUCACAGGCAAAUGGAAAAUUGCAGCAUUAUGCAAAUAGUUAAUUUAAUUAAUCUAUAAAUUCAUAAACUAAUUAUCGGAUAUGCAAUAACCGCACCACACACACAACACAACACAUACAUUUUUUAGUUAAAUUAAUUUGUGAAAAAACAAUGGUAAAAUCAUUGCAGAAAUGUGAAAAAAAAAGAUUCCACUAAUUUGCAACAUUUUGAAACAAAGCGCGUCAUUCCACACACACACACAACACAAAGGACACACACUGGACACGACGCAUUUUGAUGGCUUAAAGCAGACAGCAGACAGCAGACAGAAUUUUUCUAGCUUUUUGCAAAAUUUGUAUGUACGUAGGACCUAAGUAGCUUAAUUGUCCGCAUAAAUGCAAGUAAAUUAGU